AUGGCGCCCACUACCCCUUCCAAAGGCUCCGAGCCGAAACCCGGGUCGCUUACAACCUCGAGCACUUUCCCUCGUCAAUCUCCUUCGCAAGCGAAAGAACCUCGACCCACUCCUCAACGCGCAAAUACCACAGAGAAUGGUGCUAUCCCGCCCGUUACAAUUACCCAGGAAACUCCACCAGAAAGGCAGAAAGAGAAGAUGGAUACAUUUGAGUCAGAAACUACUGAUGAUGUAGUUGAAGCACCCCGCGCUUCGGUGGACAUGGACGAUAUACCGAUUGAGUUGAUUAGCAAGGCGGACAACUUUAUCGACUCGCUUUCCGCUAAGGUUCACCCCUCACCACCGAAUAUCGAUCAUCUGUCUAGGCUAUUUCAAGAUUUCUAUCACGUUGCUGCUUCGCAUAUCCGAACCCAUAUAGACAGCCUUGCUACCCGACAAAUGCGAGAAACUUCGCCAACCCCGUCGAGUUAUUCUAAAAGUUCAGCAGCCAGUUUAUUAAGAGCCAAAGCGGCAUCCUUUGCCAAUAAGGAGAAAGCUAAAGAAACUGUAGUCAAGGGAGAGCAACAGAUGCUCACGGCUGAGGAGUUUGCUGAUAGAAAGCGAGCUAAGAAAGCGCUGGAGCAGAAGAGGAUCCUACUGGAAGAGGCGGUUGAAAGACGGCUUUGCGAAGGGAUUUAUGACCGCAUAUACCGGCAUCGGACUACCCAAGAUGAGGCGCAGGACGACAAGCUUAGAUCUAAGACGGCUGCUUUAGCUCUUGUUGGUAUUGGGCCUGCAGAUUUAGGCGUUGACCUCGGAGAAGUUUCCGAGGACACUCCUGAAGCCCGCAUGAAGAAGCAAGAGCAAAUUCGAGAAUACUUAGACCAAGCCCGGAAAGACUUGAUGUUGAUGCAUGAGAAGAGGUACCCCUUAGGCAAGCUCAAUCACCUCAAGGCUGCUCAUAAGAGCAUCGUUGACACGUUGUCUCACUUCCACCCUUCCUCGUCAGCCGACGAGAUUAUGCCGAUGCUCAUCUAUACGCUAAUAACGAUGCCGCCUGAGAAACUCGGUGUAAUUAGCGACUCCAAUUUCAUACAAAGAUUCCGAUGGGAAGAGAAACUGGAGGGAGAAGCCGCAUAUUGCUUAACAAACCUCGAGGCCGCAAUCACUUUCCUACAAACAGUAGAUCUUGCUAGUCUUAGAGCAGAUGAGGCGUCGUCGGGCCCCUUAAAAUCAGAGAGCCGGCCUGAGAUGCAAAGGACGGAGACCUUCCCGCCUGCUUACACGGCAGGCUUAUCCGCAACAACAUCAACUCCUGACAAUACUAAAAGUGCAAAACCUUCGCCGUCAUCCGACAGCUUGCGAGCUGCUAUCCAACGCCGCAGGUUGAGCGACCUUAUUCAAAGUCCAGCCCAGGCUUUUGGGAAUGCAAGUGACUCGUUGUUUAACACAGCCGACCAAGGUUUCAAGAACAUCGGAACCAGUCUAGGCGAUAGCUAUAAGUUCUUACUUGGUAAACUUCGAGAUAGUUCCGCCAGCGGACGAGAACUAGUUGUCCCGCGAACCCUAGACGAGGCACGGAAGCUCAUAGGCACACCGCCUCCAGAAGAUGAUACUUCUGUCGAUGGGAAUUCCGCACAGGGACCCGAGGAUCCCGAGAGGCCAACGCCUGGAAAGGAUGAUAAAUUAUUAUCCCUUGUUGGUGGUAAAAAGCCGGCAAGGGAUCGAAGCACGGACAGUACAAGGAGUGCUCAGAGUGCAAGCAGCUCUAAAAAGGUACUGUUCGCGGAGGACAAUAAGGAGAGAACUCCUACUCCAACCGCAACAUCGUCGCCUGCAUCUACCAACCCGGCUUUGGUCGAAUCGAUGCGGAAUCUAGGCAAUUCUCUGAAUCCCAUGAACCGUUUCUCAGGAAUAAGCAUGAUGCGCGGGUUUGGACGCGCGGCAACGAUUCCCGUGACACCUACGAAGGAUAGUACUACUAAGACGACAGACGGAGGAGACUUGGCCACGGCAUUUCCAGAUAUCGCCACGGCGCUGCCGCCGAAAGAUAUACCAAAAAUAGAUCCGCCCAAGAAGAAGUUUAUGGAACUCCAGAAUCCUACUGACCUAAGGAUUGGCGAUGUCUUAGAGCUACUGCGAGACUACCGUCGGCUAGCUGGUGCUCUUAAGGAUAUGGAUGCUUUCAAGGAAUAG